CAUCUUUCAGUUCCACCUUUCCCCCUCCUCUAUGGUUGUUCAAUCCACUCUUGCCUAACAUUGCGUCUCUAUGUCCUCCUGGUAACACACGUGUAGAUGGCUGCCCUGCAGUUCCACGAAUUGGGACUAGACGACCGGCUUCUGAAGUCUAUAGCAGAUUUAGGAUGGGCCAAGCCAACUUUGAUCCAGGAGAAAGCUAUACCAUUGGCACUGGAGGGGAAGGACCUGCUUGCCCGUGCCAGGACAGGAUCUGGGAAGACAGCUGCCUAUUCUAUUCCUAUUAUCCAGAAUCUUCUUCAGGCAAAAAUGACAGUGUCAGAACAGGCCAUUCGGGUUUUGAUUUUGGUUCCCACUAAAGAGCUUGGUCAGCAGGUUCAGCAGAUGAUCCGACAGCUGACUGUGUAUUGUGCACGUGAUAUUAAAGUUGCCGAUAUUUCUGGCCAGGCUGACAUCUCUGCUCAGAGACCAAUCCUAAUGGAGAAACCUGACAUUGUAGUUGGGACUCCUUCCAGAGUGCUGACCCACAUGACCCAGCAGACAAUCUGUGUGCGCGAUACUUUGCAGGCACUGGUGAUAGAUGAGGCUGACCUUGUCUUUUCUUUUGGCUUUGAGGAAGAUUUAAAAAACUUGCUUUGCCAGCUACCGAAGAUAUUCCAGUCUUUCCUUAUGUCUGCUACAUUCAGUGAGGAUGUUCAGGCUCUGAAAGAACUUGUCCUGCACAAUCCUGUGACCCUGAAACUGGAGGAGUCUCAGCUCCCUGACUCGUCCCAGCUCACCCAGUACCACAUCCAGUGUGAGGAAGAGGACAAGUUCCUACUGCUCUACACUUUGCUAAAACUCUCGCUUAUUCGAGGGAAAACCAUCAUCUUUGUGAAUGAGGUGGAUAGAAGCUAUCGUCUCAAGCUCUUCCUAGAGCAGUUCAGUAUCCCAGCCUGUGUCCUAAACUCUGAGCUCCCAAUUCAUUCACGGUGUCACAUUAUCAGUCAGUUUAACCAAGGAUUCUACGAUUAUAUUAUUGCAACUGAUGAGCACUCUCUAGCAGAUCCCUCUGUGAAAGGAAGGAGGGGAGAGGGAAAGAAAAAAGGAGGAAAAGGACAAAAAGGCCAAGAUAAAGAGUAUGGUGUAUCCCGGGGCAUCGAUUUCCAGAACGUGUCCACAGUACUGAACUUUGAUUUUCCCCAGUCUGUUGAUUCCUAUAUACAUCGUGCAGGCAGAACGGCUCGUGCUAACAAUCCUGGAGUUGCUCUUACCUUUGUGGCACACACCGAGCUCCCCCUUCUGUCUGAGGUUGAGGAGGCACUAGGUGGUGGUGUGCCUGAUGAACAUGUACUGAAGCCGUACCGUUUCUGCAUGGAGGAGGUUGAGGGUUUUCGCUACCGUUGCCGGGAUGCAAUGCGGUCAGUAACCAAACAAGCCAUUAAAGAAGCACGACUAAAAGAGAUUAAGGAGGAGCUGCUCAAUUCAGAGAAACUUAAGACAUAUUUUGAGGAUAACCCCCGGGACUUCCAACUUUUGCGCCAUGACAAGCCCUUGCACCCUGCAAUUGUUAAACCUCACCUGAAGAAUGUCCCAGAGUACCUCAUUCCCCCAGCCCUGCGUGCAGUUGCCGAUAUCCAUAACAGGAAAAGGAAGAGGAGAAAGCUUAAAGCUGGAAAUUUAGGCUUCCAGGGGACAAGGUCAAAGUUUCAAAGGGGACAAAACCCACUGCGCAGCUUCAAAUAUGCAAAGAGCAAAAGGAGGAGAAAACCUGAGUAAGAUCUUCCAACUGUGGCCUUUUGCGCCCACUCAGCCAGCAGGACCAGUGGGAUGUGUGUGGACAGGUUAAAGGACAGAGGAAUAUCAGAUCCCCUGAAAUGCUGGGUGUCAAAUAUGUGCAGUUAAGCACUUUGCUAAGACAUAAAGGCUUUCUAGUUAUGCCCAAUGUACUUCCCAGGCCGUGCCCUCCUGGCUUCCUCUGUUUCUCUCAAUUCCUGUAGGUCUCUCCACAACCAACUGCUAGUCAUUUCUUGAGACAAAGAGAAAUCCUAAUCCAUCUCCAUGCCCUACUUUGUAUGAAAAUCAUUAGCUAUUUAUUCUCCUGGAGAGUGACUUGUGCACAUUCUUCCCUUGUUCUGUUACCCAUGUUCAGUCACCCCAAAGGAGAAGUAGUAGUAAAGUUUUCAUGACUUUUGCAGAGGCCUGCAGGCUUCCUGGGGUUUGUGCCCCCCAGACUGCUUAUCAAUUCAAAAUACUUCUUUAAAUGAUAUUAACAUUUUAAUACAAUAAAGCCCCUCAAAAAAAAGUGUUGAAGGACAAGCCUUUAUACAGUAUUUAUCUUGCCUGUCCUGUGCCCCCUUUCAUGUAUGGCCCACGUUAUAUUACACAGGUGAUGCUACCCUGGGACAGCUAUUCUGAGCCACACAUGGGCUAGAUACACAGGACUUGGACAUACUAGCUGUACAGCAUAGGUAUAUAAUACACAAGAUCCAUCCUGGUAAUGAUAUUGUUAUAAACUGUGCAUAGUGAUGUCAUUUAUAUUCCAUGAUUUACUGAAACUUGUGUAUUAUAAUGAAUAAUGUACCCCCUGUUGUAAAAUAUGAGGAUAUUAGAAGACACCUCAAAGUUCCAUGACACCUAUAAAAGCACUUGGCCUUGUGCCUUUAUAUGGUCAAGGAACUCCUCGGUUACUAAUGGGGGAAACAUUAUUCUCUAUAUAUUAUAUAUAAUAUUUUUAUACUGCAGUUGAAUUUGUAAUAUUUUUAAUUGUAACUUCACCUUUGAUAGAAGAAAGUGUUGUACUUUGUGAUCUUAAUGUUCCCUUGAACAGAAAGUUGCAUCUGAACCUCUGUUGUACAGCACUGCAGGGUUGCAAGUUGUCAUUACAAAAGGCAGUUAAAAAUCACAGUUUCAGUCAAUUUGAAGAUCUUACAUUGUGCAAACUUGUGAAUUUUUUUUUUUUUUUAACAUAAUGAAUUUUUCAAAAUCGAAUUUCAGAUUCAACAUGAACUUUAGCUAGACAUUACUGUUAAUAUGUAUUAUAAAGGGUUUGUGGCUCAUUAACUAAUGUCCAAUAAACCAGUGGGAUUCAA